UUAACUUUGACGUUUCAAUCAUACAUUUGUCGAUUUAUUUACAAAGUGUUAUUUGUUAUGGAUGUAAAAGAACUUUUGUACCAAUAAAAAUGAGUACUUAUGAAAUCAGUAAAUCAUCGCUGUUAAGUCUGAAGGCUGAGAUUCUGCGAAAACGCGACGAAUUGUCCAAGAUAAAAGUAGAAAACGAAGUUAAGAAGAAGGUUUUAAAGAACAAUCCUUUAGAUAUAAAAAAUAAAGGCGUCGAAGAACGAGAAAAGUUCGAUCAAACCGAAGAAAACGAGGAUUUAUUGAAACAAUCAAGGUCAAUUUUAGAACACAAGGCUCGUCUAUACGACAAAUUAUCCUCUGAAAAACCAACUGCAGAAAAUAGAGCAAGGAACAAACAGUUUCUCGUUAGGUUCGAUAAGAAACAGUCCUCCGUUCCAGAUUUACCUCCAGAUGAUGAUUCCGAACCGGACGACAAACGCCCCGAAAGCGAGGAAGAAUUUUAUGACAGCGAAGACGAUGAUAACAAGAAUCCCGAAGAAAAAUGGGUUGACUAUGUCGAUUGCUUAGGAAGAACCAGACGAUGCAUGCAAAAGGACCUGCAAGAUUUAAAAGCGAAAGACGAUGAGUUGAGUAAGAUAGUCGAUGAUAAAAAUAAAAAACAACACGUGGAAUUCAAAACAACCGCCGAUCCAACACCGACAGAAGAAAUAGAAACGAAGAGCGACAAUUCCGAUCCAAACGACGCCGCCGAAUUACUAUCCAACGAUAUGAGAAGAGAAAUGUUGAGGCAACAGUGGGAAAAAGAAGAAGACGAAUUACUCCAUAAAUCUGAUAUCCAUUAUCAAGAUUUACUGUUCGGUGAGGCCAGAAGUCACGGUGUCGGCUACUACGGUUUCUCCAAAGACGAAGAGGAAAGAAGGAAGCAACAAGAAGCUUUGAAAAAGCUGCGGGUGGAAACUGAAACUAAACAGAAAAAGGCGCAGGAAUUGAAAAAUUCGAGAGAAAAACUCCUGGCGGCUAGAUUAAAGGCUGCUAGGAAUCGCAAGAGGGCUAGGAUGGGAUUACCUCCAGAAGAGGAUGAACCGGAACCAACUGACAAACAAUCCGAAGAAGCAGAAAAACCCGAAGAACAGAAAGUUACAGAAGACGACAAAGAACGCGAACGACUCUUAUCGGAAGCGAGAAAGAAUCACGUUAGGCCUUGGGAUGUGGGCAAAGAAGGGGUGAAAGAACGCGAAGUUAUGUCUCAAAAGGAAUGGGUGGAAAAGCAAAGGAAAGAAAGGCCUAAAGAAUUCGCUCCUCCUUCAACUUCCAGGAAAGAUUUCAGGUCUAGAGUCAAUGCUGGCAAUGAAGAUAUGGAUAUUAAUAAAAGCCUCAAGUUCACCACAAAGAAGCACUCAAAUUCUGAAACUGUUUAUGACAAAUCUUGUGUCGAAGAAAGUUGUAGUUCAAGUAUGCAACCAGUGCCUAUUCACGAUUUAGAUGUAAGUAACGAUGAAGAUAUAAGCAAGAGAUAUGAAGGAGAUAAGAAGAAAAAUACUUCAUCAUCGUAUUCGGAUACAGAACGUAGAGGAGUAGAAAUAGCGCCACCUACAACGUACGAUUAUUAUGGACCUAGCCAAUCUAAAGUUAGAAGAACUGAUGUAAAACAACCGAAUAUUCACGAUUCAAUAGAAGCAGGUCUUAAAUUCUUAAGAAAGCAAAUCGAAGAAAAGGAGAAUUCUUCAAAGAGAGACGAUGAGGCUUUCUUAUUUUAGUUUUAUUAUUCCCAUUAAUGUAAUAAAGAAUUUGUUUAGUUUUAUCAAUAUUUCUUUAACACAAAAGGAAGUAUGUAAUAGCAAAAUACUACAACUGUAAAUUACAGUACAGAAUAUUCAAAAUGGUAUAUACAUUGACUACUUUUCAUUGCUAAAUUGAUUACCAAAUUGCUCUUUGAACGCCGGAUAAUUUAUUGUGAUCUGCCAAAUCCCUGAAUAUUAUCCUACUGAAUCGCCAACGGUACAAUGUGCUUCUCGGCUUAGAUGUUAUAACGCACCUCCUCUUAACUCUAACUAAAGCGGAAUCCCUCGGUAAUGCUGCGAUCUCUUGGUCAGCAAUUUCUAUAAGUUCCGGAGGAAGUACAUCA